ACAUCAAGACUUGGCUUUGGCUAGAGUAGUUCUUCUUCUAUUACCUAAACAAACAAACAAACAAACUUCUCAUCACUCAUUCAUCUUCUUCUUACUUUUCCUAUUAAUUAAUAUCUCUUCUCUUUCAUAAAACGACAUAUAUAUCCCUCCCUCCUUUUUAAAGACCUAUUUAAUCAAUCGAAAAAACACACACACACAAACAAAACAAACACAUCCCACAAUUUGUACUAUUUUUCUCAACCUUUUCCAACUCCAUUUUCUCAGCUCCCAAACAUAUCUAAAGUAACCUUUUAUCCCCCCUUUUAAAGACUACUACUGCUCUAUUCAAAAUUCAGUAACUAAUCUUUUCGAUGCAGCCUUGUAGCAGAGAAAUGCAAGGACUUAAUUCUCUCUUAAACUCAUCAUCUUCCCAAAUCUCACUACAAGAACUUCAAGGAGGAGGACAACAGGGUUCUCAGAUUCAUGGCUCCGGUCACUUCGAAUCCGGGUCGACCCACGACGACUUUCUCGAGCAAAUGCUUUCUACUUUGGGCCAACCAUCUUGUUCAUGGGCCGACCUCGGCCCAAACAACUCCGGCAAAUCCCCAUGGGAUCAUACUUCUACAACUCUUCCCAUCAACGGCUCCUCCUCCAACAAGCCAUGUAGAGAUUUAACUGCCGAAACGGAACCGUCUGGACACGAGAAUGUCGCCUUUCCUAACUACGAAGAAUCCGUUAACUUAACCUCAAAGUUUCGUAACCACCAGAUCAGCACCGGAACCGGCGCUUCCAAAUCGGCCGUAGCAGCCGCCACGGCUAUGAUGCUCCAGCAGCAGCUGAUGAUGUCUAGGGGUCUUCCCGGUUCAGCUGGUUCCGGUGCCGGAGAAUCCGGUCUUAUUCCGAUGCCUUUGUCUCUCGGUAACGGUGACUUUGACCGAUCUCAAAACGACGUCGUUGACGGUUCCUCGUUUAAAUCUCCGAAUCCAGGUGGAGAUGGUUCAGUUCAAGCUCUAUUCAAUGGGUUCACUGGAUCUUUACCCGGGUCCGGUCAAGCUCCGAAUCAGUUUCACCAUCCUCAGUCUCAGAACUUUGGAGCACAAGGGGGAACCAUGAGCCAGACUCCAGCGCCAAGUGGUUCGUCUGGGGCAGCCGCGGCCCAACCUAGACCAAGAGUCAGGGCUCGAAGAGGUCAAGCCACCGACCCACAUAGUAUCGCCGAAAGAUUACGGAGAGAAAGAAUUGCAGAGAGAAUGAAAGCUCUACAAGAGCUAGUUCCCAACGCCAACAAGACAGAUAAGGCUUCAAUGUUGGAUGAGAUCAUCGAUUAUGUAAAAUUCCUCCAACUCCAAGUCAAGGUUCUGAGUAUGAGUAGGUUGGGCGGUGCAGCUGCUGUAGCUCCUCUUGUAGCUGAUAUGUCCUCUGAGGGAGGUGGUGACUGUAUCCAGGCCAACGGUAACGGCGGCGGCUUAGGUAGAAACGCAACUAACGGCAACCAAACGGCGUCGUCUUCAAACGAUACCAUGACGGUGACGGAGCACCAAGUGGCGAAACUCAUGGAGGAAGAUAUGGGGUCAGCUAUGCAAUAUCUCCAAGGCAAAGGACUCUGUCUCAUGCCGAUUUCGUUAGCUACGGCUAUAUCUACUGCCACGUGUCACACUAGGAACCCCAUGAUGAACAAUCCCCAGAUGCCAUCGAACGGUGAGGGACCUUCCUCACCCAGCAUGUCCGUGUUGACCGUCCAGUCAGCCACGAUGGGUAACGGCGUGACUGACGGUUCCGGUAAAGAUGCCGCUUCUGUCUCCAAGCCGUGAUAACGAUCGUUGACUGACUUUUUAUAUUGUUAAAAAGGAAAAGAAAAAAAAAGGAAAAGAAAAAAAAGUGUCGUUUGGAGUUUUAAAAAGGCCGACUAAAGUCUACGGAAAUAAGGCUUCGUUGCUCAUUGGGGCUUUAAACGGCGCCGUAUUUGCAUAGACUUUGGUUAAAGUUAACCCCUCUAUGUCUCAACUCAACUAAAAGUGCCAAUACCAACUAAAUUAAUCCUUAUAAAUCGUUUUCUACCUUUUUUUUUUCUUUGUUUAAAUCAAAUAUUUUGCAAUUUGGGUAUCUGUAAUGUUUCUAAUUUCAAAGAAUUUUUAAUUUUGUGAUCCUAGUAUUAUUCUUGAGAUUCUACAAUAAAGAAAAUCAUUACAGUAUUAUUAAGGCUCAAAACUCUAUAAAGUUCUAUUUUAUAUAUUUAUAUGAGAAAAGGAAUGGCAGCUUUCCUUUUGGGGAUUUUCUAUAAUCUCUCAUUAAAGUGUGUAGCGCUGAGUUUGUUUUCUUUAUGGCAAAAAAUGACUUAUUCUCA